UUAAUAUCAUGUUCACACCUACAAAACCACCAAAAUCAAAAAUGCAAUGUUACUAGCCAGACCUUUUCUGAGAACUAUUAUCGCUAAGGUCCCAUCCCUUCCUUCUUUGUUGCACAGAGAAACAAUCAGAAACUGGGCCAGCAGCAGAACUCCUAGGACACAUUAUUUCAAAAAGGGUGCACUGUUAGGAUUACUAGCCUCUUCUUCUGUCUUUGCACUUGGAUCUUAUUGCAAGAUGGCAGAAUCCAGUAAAGAUGACGACAUAAUUAAGCAAGCUGAUGACCUCAUGGCUCAGAACAAGAUCAAGGAAGCUUAUGAUGUGCUCAAUGCUCACAAAGAUACAGAGAAUCCUGAAAUACUGUGGAGGUUUGCUCGUAUCUGCUACAGGCAAGGGAAAUACCACACUCCUGAUACCAAAGAAGCUCAAUCCUUGGCUAACAUGGGGCUGGAGUAUGCUUCUAAAGCUAUUGCUUUAAAUGACAAGUGCUAUUUUGCUUAUAGAUGGAAAGGUGUGCUCUUAAAUUGGUCGUUGGAGUUUGAAGGAUACAAGAAAAAGAUCGAGAAAUCUUUUGAAAUACGUGAAAACUUUGACAAAGCUGCAGAGCUCAAUCCUACUGACGCCUCUACUAGACAUUUGAUUGGUCGAUGGUGUUUUGAGGUGGCCAACGUACCGUGGUACAUGAGAAAGGCGGCCCAGUAUAUCUUUACCACGCCUCCUUCGUCCACUUAUGAUGAGGCUUUAUCUUUCUUUCUAAAAGCAGAAGAAAUUAGUCCUGGGUUCUAUUGCAGUAACUGGUUGUUCAUUGGAAAGUGCUACUUGAAUUUAGGGAAGAAGGAUGAAGCAAGAGUAUGGCUUGAGAAAGCAGCUGGUUAUAAAAAUGAAGUUUUAAUGGGCGACGAUAAUGAGGCUAUAGAAGACGCCAAGAAAUUACUGCAAACCCUUUAAAGACUCGUACAACAUUUAGUAGACUAAUAUUAAAAGUUGUCAAUACAACAAUAGCUAUAUAAUCAGUAACAGUAUAAUUAUUAUUUAAAGAGCAUUAAAACUUCAAUUAAA